AUGGCGGCGGCAACGAUGGUUUCAUGCCGGCAGGAUAGAGAUAGUGAUUCAGCAGCAACGAACCGAGCAGAGGGGGGUUCUGUGACGAUGAUAGCUACGCUCAAGCUCCUCCGGCGGUGGCAACAACAACAUAACAAUGGCUCCAUCGUCGUUCUCCCUCAAGUGAAAAAGCGACCACAACUCUCCCAACGUUCACAAACCACUCGUCCGCUUCCAUGGCUUCUACUCCGAUCUUCAGCGACACCUCCAGUGGCACACAAUCAUCAUUGGCGGCAGGCGUUGUUGGGUGGCGUCAGGCAACGAGGAUGCAAGCGGCGGAGGAAAGAAGGUGAAGGAUGUGCGGCAGCCGGAAAUAGAGAUAGAGAGGGUGGCGACUGUAGCUUUCUUUUAAGGAUAGGGUUCCCUUACACUUAUAUACCCACCUCCAUUCACUAG